CACCUCCACCUCCACCACACUUGGCCUUGCCUUUCACACACCAUGACCACCAUCAACUUCAAGGAUUUCUUCGCUACCAAAAGAAAAAAAAUCUUCUUAACUGCUUUUGCUUCCAUCUUACUUGCCUCCGCUUUCAUCGGCCUUGUCGUCGGCCUCCAUAAAUCCCCAAACUCCACCUCCCACCACUCCACCCCUCUAACCAUCACCGCUUCCGCCGCUCACGCCGUCGUUAAAUCAUCAUGCAGCUCCACAUUAUAUCCAGACCUAUGCUAUUCCACCAUCACCACCCACCCCGACUUGAACAAAAAAGUCAAAACUCAAAAAGACGUCAUCGAGCUUGCUGUCAAUAUCACAGCAACCGCCGUCCAAAAAAGCUCCGACCACAUCAAAAAACUCACCACUCGCAAAAAUCUCACGCCACGCGAGAUCAAGGCACUCAAGGACUGUCUGGAGAUGGUGACCGAGACAUUGGAGGAGCUCCAUGAGGUCAUUCAAGACCUCGAAACCUAUCGAACCAAGAAAUCUCUUCGGCAGCAUGCCGACGACCUCAAAACGCUAAUGAGCGCCGCCAUCACCAACCAGGAAACCUGUCUCGAUGGGUUUUCUCACGAUGAAGCCGAUAAGAAAGUCCGGAAAGAGCUUGAAAAAGGCGAGACGAGGGUGGAGAAGAUGUGCAGCAAUGCAUUGGCCAUGAUUUGUAACAUGACCGAUACAGACAUGGCCGCCGAGAGUCGGCUGAAUGGGAGGAACCUGAAGGAGGAGGAGUCUGUAUGGCCGGAGUGGUUAUCGACUGGAGACAGGAAGUUGUUGCAGUCAGGGACGGUGAGGCCAAACGUGGUGGUGGCUGCAGAUGGUAGUGGUGACCAUAGGACGGUGGCGGCAGCGGUGGCUGCAGCACCGUCAAAGAGCAGCUCAAGGUUCGUGAUUAGGAUCAAGGCGGGGGUGUACCGGGAAAAUGUGGAGGUUCCGAAGGCGAAAACGAACAUCAUGUUCAUGGGAGAUGGAAGAAAAAACACAAUCAUCACCGGAAGCCGGAGCGUAAAAGGGGGGAGCACCACCUUCGAAUCCGCUACCGUCGCCAUUGUAGGUGAUGGGUUCUUGGCACGCGAUAUCACAUUUCAAAACACGGCCGGCGCAUCAAAUCACCAAGCAGUUGCACUUCGUGUAGGCUCAGAUUUAUCAGCAUUUUAUCAGUGUGACAUGUUGGCUUACCAAGACACCCUUUAUGUCCACCGUAACCGUCAAUUCUACAUUAACUGCUUGGUUGCUGGCACGGUCGACUUCAUCUUCGGCAACGCGGCCGCCGUCUUCCAAGAUUGUGACAUCCACGCCCGUCGCCCCAAUUCCGGUCAAAGGAACAUGCUGACAGCCCAAGGCCGCACCGACCCUAAUCAAAACACAGGGAUUGUGAUUCAAAAAUGCAGGAUUGGUGCCACUUCUGAUCUCCAACCGGUGCAAGGGAGUUUUCCAACAUAUCUAGGACGACCCUGGAAAGAGUAUUCAAGAACGGUGGUGAUGCAAUCGACCAUCACCAAUGUCAUUAACCCUGCCGGAUGGUACGAGUGGAGUGGCAACUUUGCCCUCAACACGUUGUACUAUGGUGAGUACCAAAACACGGGGGCGGGGGCAGGGACUUCCGGCAGAGUCAAAUGGAGAGGGUUCAAGGUGAUUACGAGUUCCUCAGAGGCUCAAGGCUUCACCCCAGGAAGCUUCAUUGGUGGGGGAAGUUGGUUAAGAGGAACUGGUUUUCCAUUUUCUCUAGGUUUGUAAGUAAUUAAGAACGUUGUAUGUGUCUAAAUUAAUAAUGAUGGUCUUAAGGAGCAUCUUGUGCUGCUAAAUCCUUGUAAUUUUAUCAUCAUAAAUGGAGUAACUAUCGUUGUCUGAUUCUUGCUUA